CGCAGCUGCUGUGUGGGUCUGAGAGUGUGAGUGUGUGUGUGUGUCCAUGUGUGUGUGCGUGCAUGUGUGUGAGAGAGUGUGUGUGUGUGCUUCCUGGCAGCCCCCUCUCACUCCUCUCCACUCCUCUUCUCCUCACUGCCGGUGCUGGUUCCACCUCCCCAUCUCCUCUCAUUGACCUGACCUCACAAUGGAGACAUGCCAUAAUCCAGCGAAGGGGCCCCUGGCGGAGACGUCGGUGGACCUGACCGAUGAGCUGGGCCUGCAGCUGGAGGACAUCAUCAGCACCUACCAGGUGGUGGAGAAGCCGACGGACGGAGAGGAGGACGCGGGCACCGGGAAGGCCGUGGACUCCCCCCCACAGAAGGGUGUGAGCGCCAAGGAUCAGAAGCUGGAGAAGAAGCUGCUCAAAAACCUGGGUAAGGAGGCCAUGCUGCUGAUGCAGAGUCUCAACAAGCUGGGCACACCUGAUCAGAAGCUGGACGCUCUCAUCAGGAAGCAUGCUGAGCUGCUGGAGGAGCACCGUGGCGACCAGAAGCAGCUGAAGGUGCUGCAGAAGAAGCUGAUGCAGGUGAUGAAGGAGAAGGACCAGCUCCAGAGCGAGCACAGCCGAGCCGUCCUCGCCCGCAGCAAGCUGGAGUCCCUCUGCCGCGAGCUGCAGAGACACAACAAGACCCUCAAGGAGGAAACGUUGCAAAGGUGCCGAGAGGAUGACAUGAAACGUAAAGAAAUCACCAGUCACUUCCAGAGCACCCUCUCCGACAUCCAGGCCCAGAUCGAGGAGCACAGCACACGCAACACCAAACUGUGCAAAGAGAACAGCGACCUGGCAGAGAAACUCAAGGGCCUCAUUGCACAGUACGACCAGAGGGAGGCGAACCUAGAGAAGGUGUUCAAACACAGAGACCUGCAGCAGAAGCUUCUGGAGACUAAACUUGCCCAGGCCAACUUGCUGUUGAAGGAGGCUGAGGAGAAGCACAAAUUAGAGAGAGAACUUCUCCUGAAGAAGACUGCAGAGGCCAAACUGACAGUGAAACUUCUGAGAGAAGCUGAAAAUGACAUGAAAGCACAGCUUGCUGUGUACUCUGAGAAGUUUGACGAGUUCCAGGGCACUGUGUCCAAAAGCAGUGGUGUGUAUGCUAGCUUCAAGCAGGACAUGGAUAAGAUGUCUAAGAAGAUGAGGAAGCUGGAGAAAGAGGCAAAUGGAUGGAAGUCUCGCUUUGAUGGCUGCAACAAGGCCCUGGUGGACAUGGUCUCAGAAAAAGUGGUACGGGACAAGGAAAUUGAGCUCAUGACAACGAAGAACCAGAAGCUUGAGCAGCUCUGCCGGGCUCUGCAGGAGGAGAGGAAGAGCCUGCACCAGAAGCUCCAGGGGUCAGACAAGGCCGGAGCCCCUGUGCAGCAAACGCCUGCAGUGGCUACAGCAGAGACACCUGCAGCUACACCUGCAGAGACACCUGCAGCUGUUAAGGCAGAGACACCUGCGGCUGCGACUGCAGAGACACCAGCAGCUCUUACAAAGGAAAAGUCUGAUACCUCCGCGGAGAAGAAGAAGCCUGCAGAGACAUCAGAGGAGAAGCCCAAGGAGAUGGAGAUGCCAACUCCACCAGCACCUGUUACAACACCAGCUGAGCCACCAAAAGCUGCCGCCGCCGCCGCCGCCCCGGCAUCCCCACUGACCAAAGAGCUGUCCAGUCUGAAGGCCCAACAGGCCCGGCUCAAGGAGAUUGCAGCCAGCUUCACCAUCUCUCAUGUCAUACCUCAAGACAUUCUGUUGGCUGCCGGGCAGAGUGACUCUGAAGGUGAGGGCGGGCACAAGGAGGCCACAGUGACCCCACAGGAGCCUGCAGGCGUCAGUGCUGUUGCUAGCCCUGAGCAGACACAGAAUCAGAGCCCAGAGCUGGAGAAGGAGUCCUUACCGGCCCCCGUAGAGGAGCAGCAGAGUGUGGAAUCAGCGCAGGUCAAUGGCUGCCAAGCAGAGACCCUGGUAUCCGAGCAGCAAGAAAAGAGGGAUGAGGAGAUGGAGUGUGUUGACUAAAUAUCCUCUAAAUGGCUUUCAUUUUUAUUACUGUACUUAAUUAGAAAAUAACCAUUUUACAUUGACACUGCCUUUCUUUGUAACAAUAAAGCCAGCAAUAAAGCUCAACUGGAUAAUUAUGGUUGGA